UGUUGGUAUCAGCAAGUAUGAAUAUGCAUAUCUAAGAUAGAUUACUUGGCUGCAAGAGGAUGAUGAAAGGGACAGGUGUGUGUUAUGAAGUUACCAUAUAUGUACAACUAAGAGCACAUGUAAUCAUAAGGUCCAACUUAGGUUACAGAGAAAGAGAAUAUAAUUUGUAUCCCGCACGAAAUCAUGGGGCUAUCUUUGGCUUUCGGAAUACUCAUGACGAUCUCCUUUUUUACAAUAAUUGCUGGACAUGCAGUUGACGUUCAAGAUUUUCCCUGGCAAGAAGUUUCAAGAUCAGGUACGAAACACCAUUACAGCGCAGAUCCUGGAAACGGAGGAUAUGAAUAUGUAGGAACUGUGUAUCCAUUUAAUGACAGGAUACACUUUCGGGGUGAAUGCUUUCAGCAAAACACUGCUUAUUUAAAGGAGUCCCCAUACAGUCUAUGGAACAGGGUUGUUAUUGAGGCUCGCUCUGCAAAAAGCUGGGCAUGCACCGAUUAUUACGAAUUUAAAGUCGGAGACCAAUCUCUGGGAACAAAAUCGAUUAGCAUUGGACUUCUUUCUAGAGAUUUUGAAAUUUAUAACCUUGAUAAAGAAUUAUGGGAAAGGAUAAGAGCACAAGGAGUUGCUAUUUACAUAUAUAGAGAGAAUGGCGUAUCUAAAGAAGCAGAAGUGCAGCCAUUAUUAACAGGUGGUGCUAGUAACGCCGAAUUCCUGAAGAAGCAAAUGGAACUACCUUUGAAGAUGAAGAACGUAAAACGUGCGAAGUAAGAAAAGGUUGGUGCUUAAAGGUUGGUCUGCUUCCCUGUAUCCAUCCAUCCUUCCACUUGUUCUUGAAAUCAAUGGAAGUCUCCGUAUGAAUGUUAAUAAAUAACAAUCAGUGAGUUGUAUCUGGGUCUUUAAAUCCCAAAUAAAAAUGCUGUUCCUGUUAAUAGAUA